UUGCUUGUUAAGUAUAUAUUUUACCAAGAAUAGUUAGUUUAGGUUGGGGGGGAGGGGUUAGAUAUGAGUUAAUGUUUUUCAUAAACUUGAGAAGUUGGGGUUUGAUCAGAAUUAUUACAGUUACAACAGAAACAACAGCAAAAUCAGUAGAAAUUAUCAGGAAGGCUUGGUUUUGGGGAAAAAAAUUCUUACCAGACUUCGAGCUGGAAAAAUCCCAAUGGGAAUUUCUUUCCAAAAAAACCCAAGGUGUAUCCUGUAACAAGGUUGUUUCAUUCAGUACUCAUAGCUGCUGGUAGGAACAAAGAGGCAAUACAUCUGAUAAAAAUGGAAAAAAGUCUAGGAAGGAUUAACUUGUAUUUGAUAGGUUGCAUUUUUAAUUAUAGUGUUUCCAAGGUAUUGUUUUGGCAUGCUUUUAGCUUAUUUUAAAAGUACUUGACAUACAUGACCUGCAAGUAAGGGAUAUUCCCAGAAGUAAAUCAGAUCAAUUAAAUACACAGAGAAGUCACCUGGAGCACAAGCUUAAUUUUCAAUAGGUUUGAAAAUAAGAACCUGAAAAUUUAUAGAACUGUAAAUUUGUAAGUGCCUGUAAAAAAAUUUUUUUUAAGUUAUCUUUCAUGGGGAAUACUCUUGCAUGUAAAAAAAUGAAUUUAUUUCACAGGUUAACAGUUCUAUUUGCCUCCUAAACAAAAUCUACUGGCUGACCCAGUGUGUCUGUAUCCCAGUGAAGACACUGGGUACUGAUCCACUUUUGUCUAUGAACAGUGGGUUGACAGUUACUAGUUAAUAGGGUGUGGAAGAAAGAAGCAACGGUUUUCAGCUGGUUGACUAUGAGUGAUAUAUUUGAUUCUCAUCUUAAAACGUAUAAUGUAGACUAACACAAUAGUUUUGGUGAAUCAUACUGUCCUUAGUUAAUACUUUUUUAUUACUAUAUUCUUAAAUUCUAUGAAUUUACAUGGUGUUCUCUGUUUAUUGCUGUGGAGGGAAAAGGGAGUCUAGAUCCCUGUCUUGCAGCAGGCUCCAUGAGGGAGGAUCCCUUAAUCAGAUCAAAUUGCUAUCUCCAUGUGAACUUUGUUUCAAUACAUCUUUUUUUUAUGCAGUACCUAAUUUUUACCAAGUCCUGAUAGGGCUGGCAUUCUAGAAACUUCUUCAUGCACAGGAUUGCCAUAUGCUUAUGCUACUUUAAGGAAGCAGUAAGGCAAGUGUCUCUGUCUUUUUUUCUUUCUUUUUUUUAAUUAACAUAUUUACUAUUUCCUGCCUUUCCUUGUGAUGUCUAUCAGAGCAAGCAAAAGAUUACAUCUUCUCUGGCAAGAGUGCCAGUUAAGUUGGCUCUGGUCACCUCACAGCUGCUUUUAAACAUUUUCCUUUGCUUAGUGCCAGCAUAGCUGUGUAGGUGGCUGAGCAGUUCACUGGACCGGGGAACAGAUUCACCUGAAAAAUACCCAUUGUUCCCCCUUGCCAAAGGCAAAGAAGGCCAGUUUACUGCAUAGCCGUAGCUGUGGCUGUGCUGGCUUGCAGGCAGGAAUAAGCAUCGGUGGUGAGGUCUGCAUAAACGAAUUUUAGUGGCAGUGUUCUGAAUAUCUGACCAGGGCCUUAGGGGGGUCCAACUCAAGGUCUGAAGAGUGCUGGCAGUUCAUUGUGUGCUUGAAGAGAUCUGCUAAAAUGACCAAGACAACAGAAUUGGUUAUCAACAGGCCUACACUUGGUACUUUGAGAUUCAUACAACUGUUAACUCCUAUGAAUUUGUCUCAAAUUGAACAGUAAAAGACUGAAAAUGUAGUAGUCAGCAUAAGCCUGAAGUACACCAAAAUAUCGUCUGCCCCAUUUUCUUUUUUCUUCUCUACAGAUCUCUUUGAUUUCAUAUAUUUCUAGAUAUGUAUGUGCUCCUACAGACUAUGGAAUUCUUAAAGUUAGGUUUAUAGCCUAGUACGUUGGUGCAGUAAACAAAUGAACAAAUGUACCAAGAAAAUACAUGCAUACUAAUAGCAUGUUAAGAAUUCAGUUCUUCUAUAUGCUUUUAUAAUCCUGUAUCGUGAUCUCGGAGAUCAGUUUAUGUUUUACUGUAAUAGAGGACCCUGACGACACAUCGCAUAUGUUAUUGCAAAAUAUCCUGCUGGACUUCUGAUAUUUCACAACUCUGAACUGGGGGUUUUUUGCCAUUACCGUCAAGCCAUAGGCGGUAUUACAUAAAAUGGCUGUUCAUUGAUACACUUUAAAAAAUGUAGACAUUUGUUUAAGAGCUCUGAAUAUGAAAUCCAGAUUACCAACACUUCCCUGGUGUUUUGUCUAAAAAUUCAAAGACUUUUUUUGUUGAUGUAUGCAUUGUGUGUGACUCCAGCUGGUUGGUCUGUGCUUUCCAUCAGCUAUGGUUUCCUUCAAACUAGCUGUGACAGAUUCUAUAGGUUCUCUGGUUGACAUUGUUUCUGAUUAUCUUUGCAACUAGGCUGCAGACCUAACAGAUUUAGUUAUACAGGAAAAAAUCACUAAAACCUCUUUAGCUUCAUAUUUGUGUAGGACUCCAUGUUGUUUGUGUGAAGUUAAGCUAUUUAGGAUGCCACAUAACGAUUUAAAGUUAGUCUUGCGGGAUGGUUAGUUAGUGUGUGCCUGUGAGCAUACAUGUACAUAAACAUGAAUAACUUUGUUCUGUGACUGCUUUAAGCUGAAGAACAUUAAAUGUAAUUUUUCUUUGUGUGUGCAAGUAAAAAUAUUUCGCAACUGCCAGGAAGAGUAAUAGUUAAUGUAGUGAUCGUGUUUUUCUAAAUAUGAAAGAAUAGCAACACUGGUUUUUCUCCAUGAGAAACAACAAUAGUGGUGACUGAGGGAUGGAAAAAUAAUUUAUGUAGAAGCAAAGUGCUUUUGUUCUAAGAGAAACAUACAUAUGUCCACUGACAGAUUUUUAUUUUGAAUUUGAAUCAGUGACAAGCAUUCUCAGUUUGUGGUGGUUUUAUAUAUAUUGCAGUUCAAGCCUCCCUAUGAGAGUUUUAAGUGGGUUUCUUUCCCAUGUGCUCGGUUUUCCAUAGGUAAAAUGGGAAUAAUGACACUGACCUCCUUUGUGCUUUGAAAGUACUGCCGAGAAACAUUAUAUAAGAAUUGAGUAUUAUUAUACAAAUCAUUCUAGUUUGAUCCAUCGCUGCUGACCUUUUUCAUCUAUGCAGUAAGAUUACCGUGACUAGGAGGCUGAUGGGUCUCAUUGUGUUUGGCUUAUCACUGUACACACUACUGUUUUUCAGUGGAACAUAAAUCAGUGUAAUCUUUUUGUCCCCAAAUGAUGGGCGUUAUUAAGACUUGGCAUUUAUUUGGAAUUUGAUCAUGUUUAAAGCCUUUACAAUUGCUAUGUGAUAAAGUAUAUAUAAUUAGUUUGGUGAUAUUUCUGCUUUAAGUUGAAUACAGAAAUCUGUUGACUAUUUUUUACAAGUCUGUUGAAUAUUUUUUAGAUCAUCUACAGUGUGACAUCUACUUCCUCCUACUUUUUCUAUGCUAUUUUUUAAAUAAGACUUGAAGAGAUUGUCCCUGUUGAUCCUUGCUGUUUUGUAGUACUACCUUGUCUUCAAAACUCUAGAAGUUACCAGCACUUCAGCAAACAGAGGUUCACUAACCUUGAAAAUUUGGUGUAAAAUACAGCUAGUCAUCUUAGCAAGCAAGUGCCUGCUUUCUGAGCUGGUUGUACUUGUAUCGGCAGUUUCCAGUUUGUGGUGGUGCUUUUAUUGCGCUGGCGACCGGUCCUGGCCAGCUCCAGGUCUUUCAGUGGCAGCUGUGUCCCACGGACCUGGGCUGCUGCUGCGUGAGGGCCACAGGCAGGAUGGGAUGUUCUUGGCAGUUGGAUUUCUCUUUGUUUAGAGAAGAGUAGUGAUGCUGGUGGUACUGACUGCAAAAUCUGUCUCUUCAGGUUGGGGUGCUGAUGUGAUCUAUUUGAAAACACAUUAACUUUUUGCAGCAACUAACUGCACCAACUAUCAUGUUUGCUGUGAAGAGAGAUGGGAAGGUGGUGUUUCCGCCAUUAAGUAUUUGGAGCAGUUGAGAUCACAUGAGUAUCUGGACUAUGACACUUUUUGAAAAAAAGAAAACAGGAGGGAGGGAAUAUCUUAUUUCUAAGUGAUAAAACUUUUUGUUUACCAUUUUUUCAACUGCUGACAAACACAUAGAAUGACCUUUUAUUGUGAAAAAUUUGUUUGCUCCUUCCUUCUGUUGAUGGUGGAUGAGAGAGACCUCACUCAUCAAAAGAAAUUCAUCCCUUUCCAUCCUAUCUGUGUUUAAAAGUCUACACAUUUACAUAUUUGUAUUUACCCAUAAAGAAAUUUCAAAGGAAGGGCAAGGGCAGGGAAACAUUUCUUUAAAAACUUGAUCAACUCUUAAGAUCAUUUUGACACUGCUGCUGACAAAUAGGGGAUUUAUGUAGGGAUUAGAAGAGGAAGAUCUUUCUUACUGACGGUAACUCUAGCCAAAAAGACUUUUAAACAUAUGUCAUGUAAGCAACUGUCUUUUUAAAAUCAAGAUCAAGUAAUUUGAAUGACCCUCGUAUUUACUGAAGUUGCCCUAAUGGUGACUGUAUACAUUUAUCUAGGUAGCCUUGUAAAUGAAGGCAUGGUGCAGUAGCUCUUAGUGUUUUUUCUAGGGCUGCUACAGUAAAUCUGGUGGUUGUGUGUGGCUUUGGCCAUGGGUAUUGUAUUUUUAAGCUGCAGUUUGUAUGGUACAGCAAGUCUGACACGUCUCAAUCCUACAUUGUGAAAUGUGACGUUACAGUGCCUCUUGCAGGCCAGGAAGCAUCACUGGAGACGACUCUUGAUGUAGCCCUAUGGGAAGAGCACUGUAAGCCAAAUGCUGGCAUCUCAGAAUUUUACUGCACUUUGCCAGGUGACCUUACGUUGCCAGCACAGGACAAAGUAAUUUAUUUCUUUUCCCUGGUAAGAAAAGGAACAAGGAGAAAUAGCAUGAGAGCUGAUCUUGGAGAAAAGGGAGUCAAAAGUUUCAGCUGCAGCAGAAAAGAGCAAAAUUUCUACAGUACUGGGAAGUGACAGGCAUGUCACUGAUGACAACAGCCUACGAUGAGAGGGGAGACUAGGUUUUGAUGAGAGUGUGCUUAGCAAAUCCUAGGCAAAGUCCUGUAGCAAAAGUAAAAUUGACAAGUAACUGGCCAGUUUAAAGAACUAUUUUGAGCUCAAAAUGGGAACACGGUGUGUGUAAAUCAUGAAUUACUGUUGCCUUGUGCACUCUGGCACUACCUCACGAAAGGCAAUUCAUAACAGAGCAAGGAUUUACAGUGGGGGGUGUUUGCAAGAAUGUGGUUUUUAUAAGGUUUUUUCCCUAGGUGAGUUAGGUGACUGAAUAAGUUACUCAAUUUAUCGAAUAGAGAAGCAGCAAGCUUCUUUGAGCAACUCAGAUACAGACCUGCCUUUUGGAAAAUUAAUACUCAGUAGUAGUGUUACUCCAGAUGCCAAAGGAAUUUACACAGAACAUUAGAACAUGCUUGUCUCAAAUUGUAAAUACUUCUCAUAUCUCUGUUCAUUUUUUAUAAAGGUGAGACUUUGCGUAUGUCUACAUCUUUUCUACUUCUGUGCUGUAGCUAUAGAAGAUCCUUUUUUAAGUAUUAUUUUUCUCUCAACUGUGUUGCUUCUGCUUCGUAUUACAGAGAAGUUACUCUGUUGAAUUACGAUUUUUUCCAGUUACCUCAUGUCAGAACAUGGGUGUACUAAAAAAAAAAAAAAAAAAAAAAACAAACAGAGACAGACCACAGUUCAGGACCAAGUGAGAAGAGAAAAGUGGCCAGUGGAGGAGAACAGGUUAUGAGAAAAGACCAGGGAGCAGAGAUGUCAAACACCACUGAGUCAGCUUGGGACCAUCUGGGUGAAGCUGAAUGUUGGCCAGCUCCUGUGGAGGAGGGCAGGGCAGGGCAGUGGUGAGGGCUGGUGUCUGCACUGUUCUGAAGGAACCUGUCACCUCAGAUGCCUUCAGUUUCUGUCUGCUAGUGCCAGAGAGCAUAAGUAGCUCUUCAAGAGCCAAUCCUUGUCCUUACAGCUCAUGACCUCAGGUAGACCCAAGCUAACUCUGGAUUAUGAGGCAGUGGCAGCUCUUCCUCAUAUUUGAUUCUGCCUCCAGACCCACCACUGUCAUUCCCCAUUUUGAAUAAGGCUGUGCAUAAGAAUGGGGGGGGGAGGUAUUUGAUUGAUUCCCACCUCUCUUGCUUUGAAACUGUUGUAGAGACAGGAGCUGCUGCUGCCACAAUGUCCAUAGAUAAGUGUGCUCACUGCUUUGAGUGGCUUGUGUACAACAGUUUGAACAGUCGUGGGCUAGUGGUAGUGCUGCAUGACAGUUUUGAUUAAGACAUUAAGUCUGAAUAAUCAAGCUUACAUGAUACAAUUUGGAAUAGAGGAGGAGCAGCAGCAUUUUGAGGCUCUCAGCAUAGAGCUGCGCUUCUCUGUGUGAAAACAGGAUGAGUUAGAGCCGUAAGCAGUCCGGGAUCAUAAAGAUGAUAAACAUCCUGGGAUGAGAACAUGCUGAGUUAGAGAUGACAUGGUUGGCUUUAUCUUGACGUCCAGCUCCCUGUUCUGUUACUUUAGGUAAUAUUUCAAUAAUCACAUUACCAGUUUCCAGCACCAACUCCCCAACUAAGAUUUUGCCAAAAACCUUAGGACCAAUCAAUGUGAAUGUUGGACCCCAAAUGAUCAUAAGCACAUCACAAAGACUGGCCAAUUCAGGGAGUGUUCUGAUUGGGAGUCCAUAUAACCCAGCUCCAACAAUGGUCACCCAGACACACAUAACGGAAGCUUCUGGCUGGGUCCCAGGGGACAGAAAGCGGACUCGAGAAUUCAUAGAAUCAGAUUUUUCAGAAAGUAAGAGAAGCAAAAAAGGAGAUAAAAAUGGGAAGGGUCUGAGGCAUUUUUCAAUGAAAGUAUGUGAAAAAGUUCAACGUAAAGGAACAACUUCAUACAAUGAAGUUGCUGAUGAGCUGGUAUCAGAAUUCACAAAUUCUAACAGCCACCUAGCUACAGAUUCGCAGGCUUAUGAUCAGAAAAAUAUUAGACGGAGAGUUUACGAUGCCCUUAAUGUCCUGAUGGCAAUGAACAUAAUUUCAAAGGAGAAGAAGGAAAUCAGAUGGAUUGGCCUUCCUACAAACUCAGCUCAGGAAUGUCAGAAUCUAGAGAUAGAAAAACAGAAGCGGAUUGAAAGGAUAAAACAGAAGCGAGCCCAACUACAAGAACUGCUGCUGCAGCAAAUAGCAUUCAAAAACUUGGUACAAAGAAAUCAGCAAAAUGAACAACAAAAUCAAGGCCCUCCAGCUUUGAACUCAACAAUACAGCUGCCUUUCUUAAUAGUCAACACUAGCAAAAGAACAGUUAUAGACUGCAGCAUAUCAAGUGAUAAAUUUGAAUACCUCUUUAAUUUCGAUAACACUUUUGAGAUUCAUGAUGACAGUGAGGUGCUGAAGAGAAUGGGAAUGUCCUUUGGGCUUGAGGCAGGCAAAUGCUCAGCUGAGGACCUAAGAACUGCAAAAUCCCUGGUGCCAAAAGCUUUAGAAGGCUACAUCACAGAUAUGUCUGCAGGAUUUUCAUGGAUAAACCAAGGGUUACUUUCAAGUUCAGCACAAGCAGUUUCACAUUUAGAGGUAGCAGGAGGUACUUCUGAUGCUAAAUCAAGUGAGAAUCCAGGGUUGUGUUUGGAUGCUGAAGUGGCCUUAGCAACUGGGCAGUUUCUUGCCCCUAGCAGUCAACAGUCCAGCAGUGCAACAUCACGCCACUCUGAAUCACGGGGAGAAACUCCAUGCUCAUUCAAUGAUGAAGAUGAAGAGGAUGAAGAUGAGGAUUCUUCCUCCCCAGAAUAAGGACAGUAGAAAACAGAAUAUACAAAAUGCUGCUCAUAAAUAUUCUUAAUGGGAGCUCCUGCUUGGAUUUUACUUAAAAGUUUCUUGCCUUGGUUUGCACUGUGUUCAGUGAAGCAAAAUGGAAGCUUCAAACAAAUUCAUCCACAGCUGAAAUUGAAAACUUUUUGUAACUGAACACAGAGUGACACGCAGACACAGAGAAAAGUGUUUUUUAUCAACUAUAACCAAGGAAAAGAACAAAGUCCCUGGAGAUUUGGCGAAGUAAACAUCAAGUUCACAUUUUCCGUUUUGGGACAUUCUGUCUCAAGUCUCUGUCUUCCCCUUAUCUUUACCAGAUGGAGAAGAAAACAGAGUCAGUCAACAAACACCAAUUCGUGCAUUGUCUUUUGGCUGUGCUACCUUUAGAAAAAGGGGGAAGAGAGAGCAUGCGCAAAUGCGCUAAAAUAGCUAUUUAAAACUAUCUUAUAUGAAAAUUGUUCUAGGGCAAAGGGGCUGUUAGAAUGUUUGCUUUUUUCUGUUCAACUUGCUGUAUAGAAGAUUCUUAAAGUAAUAUAAAUUGCAAGUGAUUAAAUGAAUCUUGAAAUAGUUUAAAUCCAUUUUAGAUACUCUAAAAGUUAACAAUAGUAUGUCUGUUUUGAAAGGUUCGUACGUUCAUUUAUACUGCAGACCUAAUUUAUUAUAAAUAAGUGAUUAUUCUUAGCCAUUAUUAAACCAUCAGGAUAAAAACAGCAGUAUUCUCUGCACCAGCUUUUUUCAAGGAAAAAGAGUUUAAAAAUUGUAUUUCUAGAUUAUAGUGUAUCCAGUAUAGCUUCUCCUUUACUGUUCUAACUUUAUAAUCCUUUUGAUUUUAUAGCAUGUGUUGUUUUAUUUUUUUUUAAAAAAGGCCUUUAUGUUAAGGAGCUCAGGCAGCAUGUUUUCAAGGCAGUAUUUUCAAAUUCAAGGUGGGCAGGUCACGUAACUUCUAAAGUCACAGGUUGAGGCUCUUAGGAAAAAAAAAAAAAUUUCAACAAUACAUCAUUUCAUGUUUUGCAUUCCAGUCAUCUUGGAUUAUGAUAGACUUUCUUAAAAUGAACUUCUGUUGUACUCGCCUUGAUAUGCCUUAGAAAAAUAGUAGUAUCAAACCACUUUUUAAAAUAAUUUGUGGCUAAAAUUACACAACAUGAAUCCCAUCUGAACCAUUAAUCCACGUUCUAUAGUUAACUUCACAUCCAAUCAUAAAGACCUUUUUAAAAAAAAAAAAAACUUUGAAUAACAGAGCAAAAUACACUGUAGAUAUACUCUUCCCAUGGUGUCCUAACAUUCAGUAUUUUAGCUAGUCUCGAAGUUAACUUUUUAAUUAGGUAAAUCCAGUUUAAAAUAGUGUUACUUCUUUUUAGUUUUUAUACUGUAUGUAAAUAGUUGACCUGUUUCUAAGUACCAGUGUAUUAGCUGUCAGCUCAACAACGUUGGCUCUGUUGCUUAGUUACGAGAUUGGGCAGCUUGUCAUACUGUCACUUGCUUGAGCAAUGGCAGCAAACUGUAUCCCUUGACUGCUCUAGCACAGUGUGCGGUAUGUCCACAUCAUCUUUUACAGACAAACCCGCACUCAAGCCAACAAGAUCCAAAAGCACCAAGCCUGAGCUAGUGAGAUAAACUGAGGCUCCAGCUAAAAAGCUACCUGGCUGUUGUACAAGAGUUGGCACACGACUAGCUAUGUAGAGGACAGGUAAAACUGCAAGGAGCAUACAAGCACACUGGCAUGUUUGCAUUAAAAAUUUAGAAACUUUUCACAGAUAGUUGGAACUUCUGCAUUUGAGGUACAGUUAGGGAGGGCGGCACCAUUAUUUAGGUAUACCUCUUGACUGAGCAAGUAGAGCUAUCUGGCUUAUACAAGUGAGUUGCAAAUGCACAAAUUAAAAGAAUUCUUAUAUGCCUACCAUGUUAUUCACCCUCUGAGCAAGACUGUUAAGGCUGUCCUGUGCUCAUGGCUCACAGGCAACAGCAGACUGAGGGAUUUACACCACCUCACUUCAACCAAAUCUGCAACGCUACCUCUAUAUGAAGAAAAGCUUUACAAAUGCAAAAUAAUAAUUCUUGCCAAGAGAGUCAAUGCACUUGACUGAAGCAGCUCACUUUUGAAAUAAGAUGAGGAGAAGGUUACAAGAUACUCCAUGCAUAUUACUAUGGAAUUGUCAGCUUCAUGAAUGACAUUUAAUUUAAACAGGUAAUUGCCUUUAUUCUUAAAAACCCAUUGUUUUUUCAAAACCUGUCAUGUCAGUCAGCUUUCAUUGGAGAGGGGAGAUCAAAGAUAUCUGAUAUAUGCGGGAUCCUAAAGAACUCUUAAAGAGGGGAAUAUUUAAGUUAUUAUUCCACCCACCCCAAUAAAUUAGGGGCACAUUUAACUUCACACUUUCUUCACAUUUCCCACUCAGGAUCUGUGUAAAAAAAAAAACCCAGCAAAACACUAAACAAUCACUAAAGAGGAGCACUUUGAGCUGUAAGAACCUGGCAAAAAAAGGCUUCCUGCCCAGAAAUUUAAUGUAUUUUAUUAGCAGUCAGUGCGCUUUCUGCUUUACAGGAGGAAGAUCUUCAAUGAUACCCUCCUUCCAUUGAUGUCCAUGUCCUUCAAAGCAGCAGACUGUGUAACUACUUGCUUUCUGGCAAUCUUAAAGCUAUCAACUUUUAAAAAAAAAAAAAAAAAAUCUAGGAGCACAUAACAUUUACUUAGACAGUUGAACCAAGACUUUAAAAGUUAUUUUUCCUGAACUAGUUGAAUACAAAGGACAAAACAAGUUAUAACAUUUAGAAGAGACUUCAAAAGGAAAUUCCUUCCUUGGGAUUCUUUGUGCCAAGUUCCAGUUGAGGAUGAAGUUCAACUAAAGCACUGCAGUCUUGUGGUUACACUAAAGUCUGGGAACUAGGAAAUUUUGGGCCUUAUCCAGCCAUAGUCAGUCAUGUAUGAUCUCAGGCAAGCCUUUCAAUCAUUCUUGUUGAUUUUAGCUGACAUAUUAAAAAAAAAAACAACACAAAAAAACCCCAAAACAAAACAGGUAAACGCAGGACCUCACAAAAUGCAGCUGUUGCAUCUGAAUGGAGCUUUGAGCAAUUACGAGUGACAAGGAGAUUGAGGAUAUUAAGCAACCAUACAGCUCCCACUAAGCUGAUGGAAGUAGUUGUGCUCAGUUGCUUCAACAUGCAGGCCUUCCCUCUGAAGGCCAGCAGCAGAUACUUUCCAGAAUAAAAUUGUCAUUAGCAAGACUGGUUUUCCCAUUUUCUGUUCAGUUACCAUCAUCCUCUCCUGUCUCGUGCAAUACCCAUGACAUUCAUUGGUAUGAAACAAGUAGCAACUGGUACUCGAUGGUAUCUCUUAUGAGACAAAGUUAACAUUUAAAUCUUCAUGCAUGACAUGUUUCUGUCUUGGAACACUAUUUCGUCAUUACACAUUCAGAAGGCACUUGGCUGCAAGCAAUAUAGUGCUAUGUGUAAAUGCUUUAAUAUAUAUUGCAGUAAACAGCUUUAUUUCUGGAUUUAUUUUAUGGUGCUUGAAAAAUCUGAAUUUGACUUAGAAAGUCAGCAGCACAAACUAGAUGAAAAAAUAGGAGUGGGAGACAGCAUUUUUCUAUUAUGUGGAAAUCUGACCUAAUGUAUGUGGAUUUUGGUUUUUAAAAUUAAGGUGUGCCGGUCUUCUCAUUUCAACACUGGAAUUAACGGCAACAAUCCAUCUAAUCUAAGAAAGUAUGCAUAUUUAAGUAAAGACUAAAGCAAAUGAUACCAGUUUAACUGAAGGUAUGAUUUUUAACUAACUUCAUUAAACCUAGUACAAGCCACACUGCAGAUAUUUCCAUUUUGGUUAAGGGUUUUGCUUAGUUUUUUUUCAACUAUAGCUUGCAAAUACUCCUAGUCCUUUUGAGCUGCCGGAAAUUGCUGAGUACACAGAAUACCCACAGAAGGACUUGUGCUGAUCAACUAAGUCAGCCUGAAGUAACAUUAUGUAAAAAGGCCUAAUUAAAAAAAAAAAAAAAAAAUUAAAAUUUGGUUAAGAUAAACAAAACCCUCCAGUUCGUACAUAAAAUGAUCCUUGAAUUUAGAAUUCCACAGUUAAGGUUUUAAAUGUCAAGUGCUCUUUCUUCUGACCAUAUCCACCAUUUUAAUUCAAGAGCACAACUGAAACUUAAUCACAUUUGAACACUGGGCAAUACUCAUUUUUAUAAUUAACUGGCUCUUUUCAGCUGAAAAUAAUGCAGGCAGUUUAUUGAAGACUUUCCUUUUAGUGAGUUAAAGACAUUUGGGUUUUGGAUUAAUAUAAAAACAAAGCCAGUAACCACAGGGUAUAGUACAUAGUAAACAAACCAAAACAAGUUACCUUCUCACUGACCCACCUAAUUUAUAUCUUUUCAUUACAAGAGUCUCUCAGGAACAUAAGUAUUUUAAAUAACCAGAUAUAAUGAAGCUGGGAAAAGACUGUAUGAGCUUUUUCAAUUUUUUAUUUAAAGAAUUCUAGUAAUAGUCAUACUUUGAGGUGUCAUCCUUCUGCUUACUACAAGCUUAAUUAAUUUUAAAGAAAUGCUGCAGUUGUUACUCCAAGGCCUGGUAUAUUUUAUGGCUGAAGGCGUCUCAACCUUCAGUACUGGGUAAUGGUGCCUAUUGCAGCAUUACUGAUGAACGAGGAAGAGGCUAAGGACCAUUGCUCUGUUUAUUUUGUUUUUUAAAAUGUGCCACUUCUUGAAUUCUGACCUAUGUUUAGAAGUAAUACGCCAAUAAAUAAUUCGUCAUUUCUGAUUAUCACACACCUACCCUUGCAAGCAUGUUCCCAGCUCUAAAUACUUAAUUUUCUGCUGGCAGGUGUUCACAUAACCAAAUCCUGAUACCAUGAAACUUGUGAAACUCUCAUUCCUUAGAUUUAACCACAUUCCCAAAUCAGAUUGUCUCUUUCCUAUUUAGCUGUUUGUUAGAAAUUAGUCUGGUGUGUGUUUUUAAGAGGCUGUGAGCAACUGUUUUCCCCCGGACCCAGGUAUAUUGCCCCCAAAAUCCCCACAACCAACACUGCUCCCAGUUGUUGAUUCCCUCUGUUAAGUAUUAAUAUCCUUUCAAGUCACUGUAGAGCUGCUCAUACAAGUACUUCCUAGCUCGUUCAAUCUAAUUACCUGAGUUGGCAUCCAUGGAUACCUAACCCAGCUGGUACUAACAGUUAGGUGAGGGAAUGCUCAUAAAAGCAGUCUGACAGUAACAACUGAAGGGGCUGUUUAUCACAGCUGUUUAGAGAGUGCAUAUUCAUUUCUACAUCUUUAAUACUCCUACCUUGUCUGGCCUACCCCAAAGAUCAGCCAAAACCAAAAUGUUUUCUUUUUGCUUAUAUCUUUUUGACACUACCCAAGAAUCCAACAUUUAGGAUAUCCACCUAACCUGCAGGACACCAAAAAUCCUUGCUCAAAAUUGGGCAGAAGAAACAUCUGAGAUCUAACCAUCCAAAUCCCAGGAGAAAGCCUCCUGCUUAGGAACAAUAUGGAGCAAAUGAAUAACUUAGUUUUUCCUUUCUCCAAUAAGAAAAGCAGGCUAACCUGGAUCAGAUUAGUAUCUGUAGGAGGGCCGUGAUAAUUCCGAGCAGAUACAGGAACCUCCCAGUAGCCCACAGUUGCAUUUCUUCUUAGUAUUGGCUAGAGUAAGUGGCAAGCACUUAACCUUCUGACAUCUCUAAAUACCAUUCUUAAAUACUUAAUGCUCUCCAGGUGUAGGUGUUUUACAUAUAUUAACACCACCGGAUAGCAGGAUACAGCUAUGUAAAAUUUAAAUCCAGUUGUAGAUGUAAAUCAAACUCAUGUAUGCAGUAUAUAGGAAACUUUUUCCAAGACAAAAACGAGUCUUCAACAGUGACUUGUUUUUAGCCUAUUCUCAUUACCCAGGCUGAGUGAAACAGAGCAAUUAAUCCCUAGCGCUAUCUGGUUCUUGUGCCUUCCAUGAAGCAGCAGUGGCACGCCCAUAAGACCAAGGCAGUCCAAGAGGGGGAAAAACCCACCACAUAUCCAUAGCACUUCCCAUUGAAAUUUUUAGGUCACAUACAAUUAUUCUGAACAGCCACAAAAGUUAAAACAUUGACCAGAAAAGGUUAAGUCCACAAAAUCAGUCUCCAGUUUUUCUGGUGGGUUGGUUAAAUCUCUAACAUAACUUUAACAAUUAGUAGAUUUGGUUGCACUCAUGCAGGGAUUAAGUGGAUCUCCCAGAAUUUCCCGAGGAAAACACCAGCUGAAUCACAACCCAUCACACAAGUUCCUGGCACAUUUCCCUUGUCUCUAAAGCCAGGCUGUACUUAUGAAAAAUACUUUAGAGAAGUAUAUGCAAAUGUUACGACACUGUAUCUCACAAGUACCUACUGUGAAAAAAUUAAUCCUACUUUGAACAAACCUGGAAGAACUAGGAUACAAGUUCAUCCUCGUCCCUUAGGUCCUGACUGCAAAUAAUGCCCCAGGACCAAGGCAUCAACCUUUGUAUUUGCAUAUCCUACAUCACAUCAGGAGUAACUAGCCAGCAAGUACAGGCACAGUUUUUACAACAGUACAUGUCUGUUGGCACUUCUUAGACGCUCUGGCGAUAGAUCAAUCCCUUGGCAAUGAGUUAAUGCUGACAUACACAUCAACCAAUGUUACGGAGCCGCUGCAACAUGCAGUAUGUGCAGGUCCAUCUGUCCCCCAGUUACAGUACCACUUUUUAACAUCUACUAUAUUCUACAUGGAAGUAGAGAGUGGUAGAGACACUUCCUUUUUAUGUUUAAAAUGUAGAAACCACUUGAAACUCCAUUAACUUUUAAAUGAAAUAAGACUUUUUUUUUUUUUUUUUUAAGAACAAGGCCAGUCAUGGGUAAAGGUAUUUUAUGACCUCUUUCAAUGCUGAACUGAAAGGAGAGUUUGUAAACAUGGUGGGUGAGAAGAAAAGCAACACUGACAAAUCCAAUUUAUGAGGAUGCUAACUAUAUGGGAUUUGAAGUUUUAAUUAAUUUUUUAAUCCACUCGUCUUUCCUCCAACAUAUAUAUUGGCUUAAAGUGUCACACAAACACUUUGGUAGAAAUUUUUCUCCCUUUUCCUGUGUUAGACUCUUGAGUCUUCAAGAAAGUCCAAGUUGUCCAUCUCUUAAACAAUUUGCUUUGUAUUUUUGAAUUCUCCAUAGAUUUCUUUCUUUCCAAAUACCUUUAAAUUAUAAAGUUUUAUUUUUGCAGAAAGACUUCUAUUAAGCUAUGCUGAUUUUUUGUCCUGAUCAAAUAGUGUUAAUUUCUACUACCACAUUGUAUGUGGCUAGGAGUAGUGUAAAAAAGAAUGUGGUAGUAUUAUAUGUGCUUUAAACACUGACAAAGAUAUUAAAAAAAAAAAUGCAUAUACAAAGUUUUACUUUCCUAAUAGGAACACUGGCAUUAGCAAAUAGUAUAUUUGAACCAAUAGGAAAUAUUACUUUGUAGUAGCAAACACUUUGUAAAUAAAAACUUGUUAUUUUUUUAAUGGAAAUUUUAUAGAAGAAGAUAUUUCUGUAUACUCAAUUGAUCCCAUGUUUACUGGAAAUGCUGCAAGUGGGAAUUGUACAUUGCAAAAUGGGGGUGGGGAGCAGACAAGUCCGAAGUGAAAACUAUGUAUGCUUUGGAGAAAAACAUCCAGUUGUCUGUGAACAGGAACGUAAAGCUUAACUGUAGAAGAACUGAAUAAAAGAAUUUCAAGGCAA